CAUAUAGCCUCACCCCACCAAGCACAAGUGAGUGUCCAAGAUGCUCCUCUUGCUUGGUGUGACUGCCAUUCUCUCCGCGGGCUUCUGCAGGGAGCUGAACCGGACCUCCGGGCAGAUGGCAGAAGGCAUCGAAGCGUGCUCAGCCUGCGAAUUUCGGGAACAUAGCAAGCAGAUGAGGCUCUACAGCAUCAAGUCGCAGAUCCUCAGUAUCCUACGGCUGGAGCAGGCACCCAACAUUAGCAGGGACAUGAUCCAGCAGCUGCUUCCCAAAGCACCGCCUCUUACACAGCUCCUGGACCAGUACGACCCGCGGGUGGAAGAUGAGGAUCACGCCACCACAGAAACCAUCAUCACCAUGGCAACCAAGUCAGACUCGGUUGCAAAGGGAAGGCUGUCUUAUUGUCUGUUCAGCCUCAGUCCAAAGAUCCACACGGAGAACAUCCUGAGCGCUCAGCUGUGGGUUCAUCUGCGGCCAGUCCACAUGGUCACAACUGUCUUCCUGCAGAUCUCACGACUCAAACCCGACAGGGAAGGAAACAAUACCCGGGUCCGAGUGCGCUCUUUAAAGGUGGACGCUGAUGCUGGCACCGGUUCUUGGCAGAGCAUGGACAUCAAGUCUCUGCUGCAGGCAUGGCUACGUCAGCCAGGUAGCAACUACGCUAUUGACAUCAAUGCUUUUGACCCUCAAGGAGAAGACCUGGCAGUCACAUCGGCAGAACCUGGAGAGGAAGGCCUGCAACCAUUCAUUGAAGUGAAAAUCCUGGACAGUCCAAAGAGGUCCCGUCGUGACUCAGGCCUAAACUGCGAUGAAGAAUCAGCUGAAACGCGCUGCUGCCGCUACCCACUCACUGUAGACUUUGAGGAGUUCGGUUGGGAUUGGAUCAUCGCACCCAAGCGCUAUCGAGCCAACUACUGCUCAGGAGAGUGCGAGUUCUUGCACCUGCAGCAGUACCCACAUGCACACCUGGUAAACAAGGCCAACCCACGCGGCACGGCAGGACCCUGCUGCACGCCCACAAAGAUGUCGCCCAUUAACAUGCUCUACUUUAACCGCAAGGAGCAGAUCAUCUAUGGAAAGAUCCCGUCCAUGGUGGUGGACCACUGCGGUUGCUCCUGAUUCGUAUGGAAGGCCACUAUGGGGGCUGCAUUUCAUGCCACCAUUCGAUACACUUGUGGAUUCGUAGCACCUUUACCGUUUUAAAAAAGAUUGAAAACA